CGCUGUUUCUCGUUUCGUGCGUGCUGGAGGUUCUUGCUGUUGAAGGUUUAUUGGUUUAAGGCUGUGUGUGUGAGUGUGCGUGUGCAUGUAGCGUGUUUGAAUCAUAUGUGACAGUUCGAAGCAUUGCUGUCAGUAAAAGUUAGAAUGAAGCUGCUGUUGAGGAGGCAUAGAAACCAGGCAUUACGUGUGUCACAAACCUUAUACUAAGCGGAUGGUCCUUGAUGGAUGUACACUUAUUAGCGCUUUGAUGGAUGAUAGUAACUAAUCUCACAGAGGAAAUGGCGGUAUCAGCGGAAACACGACUGAAAAGGUUCUUACACUAUGGAUCUGAACUUCCAUGUUAUGAAGCUGGUGCAUGGAAAAUAAAUAUUGCCUCUCCAAACUAUGAAGCAGUGGAACUGACAUCAGUUGAUUCUCUAAUUUCUGAAGGGAAAGGAAGUGAUGUAGUAAAACACAUAAUUGAGGCUUACAAUGGUGGCUACUCCGCUGAACCAGAAGCCAUCUUGUUUGCAUUGGUGUUAUGCAUGAAGCAGAGUCAGUCAUUAGAAGUCCGCCGAGCAGCCUAUGCUGCUAUUGAAACAGUGUAUAAGACACCAAAGGCAUUUUUUGCUUUUGUGAAGUACAUAACUGAUUUGUCGAAACCAACAACAGGCUGGGGAAGAGGGCUACGCCGUGCAGUUAAUAACUGGUAUUUACAUCAAGAACCACAGAAAAUGGCUGAAAAUGUUACUCGUUUUGUAGGAAUGCAUAGCUGGACACACAAGGAUAUUCUGAAAUUGGCUCAUACAUGUUCUAAAAAUCCAGCCCAAAAUGCUGUCAUCAGUUAUGUGAUAAAUGGUAUUGAGACAGCUCAGAAAUUAUUUAAUGAUAAGCCGGAGGCACAAGCAAUAAUUGAGUACCUGAAAAAUGUUGAGAAUCUUAAACAUAGCACAAAUUCCACUACAGCGUCAUUACUUAUAUCAGCACAUUCAUUUUCAUUUGAGUGUGUGCCAUCAGGCCUCUAUAGAUCGAAAGAAAUUUGGCAUGUGUUAAUACCAAAGAUGUCUGUGGUGACCAUAUUGAAGGUUCUGCGACGUUUGUCAAGAUAUCGGUUACUUCGACGAAAGUCAGUGAUUGUUCCACUUAUUGUGGAUCGUUUAAAGGAGGAAGAGGCCAUUAUAGAGGAGAAAGUACAGCCUGCGGAAAUCUUGCUCUACUUAAAAAAGUAUGAGUCAUCAUCUAGGUUGAGAUUUAUUGACAGAUCAAGACCAGUUAAGCCCCCACCACCAGUCAACCCUGCUGUCGUAGAUGCGGCUAAUGCACUUUUGAAUACAUCAGUCAGUCUUCUUAAACCAACUGGCUUGAAGUAUAUAAUAGCAGUCAACAAUGGAUUUGAUAUGAUACUGACAAAGUGUUGGCAGUGUCGUGAAUUGACAUGUUGUAUGGCUGCACUCCUGAUAACAUAUUGUAUUUACAAAACGGAGACAGAUGCUACUGUUCUUAUAUAUUCAGCAUCAGACAUGGAGGAAGUGCCAUUGGAUAAAUCACUGUCUUUCAAUGAAACAAUUUCAACAAUGAGAGCGCGUUGUUCUGCUGCUAAAGUGAAUAUGGCACAACCUGUAAUGUGGGCACAGAAAAACAAAAAGGCAGUUGAUGUGUUUGUUGUUAUAACAAAUAACAACAAUGAAACAAGUUCUGCCUCUUUACCAACAUGCUUAAAUCAGUAUAGAAGUGAAAUGAAUCUUCCUCAAACAAAGUAUAUUGCGGUUGGACUAGAUAUGUGUGGAUUGAAUUGUAUUGACCCAGCAGAUCCUGGUAUGUUGGAGAUCAAAGGAUUUGAUGAAAAGGUGCCCACUAUAAUUGAAGCAUUUUCAAGAGGAGCAUUUUAGUUUUGUUUAUUGCGAGUGAAAUCUGACGCAAGAUUAGAGUGACAGUUUGUGAUACAAAUAAAGUUUAACUUCUGCACUCUCUCUCUCUCUCUCUCUCUCUCUCUCUCUCUCUCUCUCUCUCUCUCUCUCUCUCA